AGAAGCUGUACAACUCUCAUGGACCUGAGCUCCGGAGGUCCCUGUUCUCCCUCAAGCAGCUCUUCGAGGACGAUAAAGACCUGGUGCCAGAGUUUGUGAAUUCAGAAGGCUUGACGUGUUUCAUCAAGGUUGGAACGGAGGCAGACCACAACUACCAGAACUACAUUCUCCGAGCCCUCAGUCAGAUCAUGCUGUUUGUAGAUGGGAUGAACGGUGUGAUCGACCACAAUGACACUGUUCAGUGGCUCUACACUCUCAGUGGCAGUCUGUCUCGUCUGGUGGUGAAGACCGCUCUGAAGCUCCUGAUAGUGUUUGUAGAGUACACAGAGUUGAACAGUCCUCUACUUAUCCAGGCUGUCAACACUGUGGAUGGCAAGAGAGGUGUGAAGCCGUGGUCAUACCUGACAGAGAUCCUGGAGGAGAAGAACGGAUCAGACACCGAGCUGUUCAUCUUAACCAUGAACCUCAUCAACAAGACCCUUGCAGCCCUCCCGGACCAGGACUCGUUCUAUGACGUGACCGAUUGUCUGGAACAGCAGGGGAUGGAACACAUUAUGCACAAACACAUGAGCAGCAAGGUCACUGAGCCAGACCUGAAACAGCAGUUCACCAUAUAUGAGAGGGCUCUGAGGCACGAGGACGGAGAGAUGGAUGCCGCUCCUCACGUUAGGAAGGAGAGGAGGAAGGUGACAGCCAGCGAACAGGAGGGCAGGAGGAUCAGGAGAUCCUCAGCUCAGAACCUCCCCGACAUCCUCUCCUCCUCCCCUACCACAUCCAACACUAUCUCUCCCUCCUCCUCCACUCUCUCCCCUUCCACCUCCUCUCCUUUCUCUCCCUCCUCCACUCUCUCCCCUUCCACCUCCUCCCCUUUCUCUCCCUCCUCCUCCUCUCCCUCUAACAGUCCUACAGCCGGGCUGAGAAGGACCUCCUCCCCUCUCCCCUCCUCCUCUCGUAGCGCCUCACCCCUCACCCCAACCUCCAGCCCAUCAGACUCUGGUUCUCAGAGGUCUUCUCCUCUACCGCCCCCUGAGGUGACCAACGGUACUGCAGCCCCCCUGUCUCCCACUGAACAGGAGCCCAAGACAACGUCUAACCUGGGGCGAUCAUUCCUCAGUCACCACAUGUCUGCCUUGGGGAUCAGUAGGAGGUCACGGCUCUUUAACAAAGCUGGUUCCAUCUCUGAGGAACCUGCUCCUUCUGCCUCUCGAGCCGCAAGCAGCCCGUCUCCUACUGACUUGGCUGGCCCUGAGAAGCAACAGCAGCCCCAGAAGGUCCCAGAGCAACACGGGAACAAGACCGAGAGGAACACCUUCAGCUCUGAGCAGGCCAGCCACAGUGCCGUUUGCCCAGAGGACUGUACUGUUGAUAUGGACAAGCCCGUCCUCAGGAAGUUUCAAGGCACCUUCCUCCGCAACCUGGUCGCCACCCAGCGGGAGAAGACGAGCAGGAGCCAACACGAGAAGCUCCAGGAUAGGCUGUCCCAGGAUGACCCCAUAGUCACGUCCCCCAGGGCAGAGGAGGAGACCUCCUCACCUGCAGACAGCAGCCCCAGUACACCCACUGAAGCCCCGUUCCAGGACAGCGGUGCAGAGACAGGGCCCCAGCCAGAGCUCCACGCAGGGGGGCAGGUCUCAGGAGAGACUGGCCCCAUCCAGAGAACCCUGGAGCAGCCUGACCCAGCAGACACCCAGGCAACCCAUAAUGAUCCAGGUGUCAGUGUCCAACAGAAAAACCUCUCCAACGAGAAGAAAUUCAUGCUGAACAUGCUCUACGCCAAUAACUCCUCGGGGUCUUCAGGGGACCGUCCGUCAGGCACCGAGGAGAGCCUCUCCGGAGAGCCAGAGGACCACAGAGGGCUGGACAGGGCUGGUAGCAGUGUGAAGGAACGUCUAUCUAGCCUCAAGGCCCAGCAGGCCCAGCCUCUACCCAGCGAGGACAGCAGUUCCCGGAGGGCAGAGCUGCAGGGUCUGGGUGGCAGUGCCCAGGCGGCGCGGGCCAGGCUGGCAGAGGAGCAGCAGCACAGGCGUGUCCGUCCGCAGUACAGCAUCGACGCAGAGACCCACUCCCGAAACCUGGAGAAAACCCAGAUGACCCCACUGGCCAGGGACAGACAGACGGACGCCUGGGACCAGCUCCAACCCAGCUCCAAAGCCCUGAAGAUUAAAGACCUGGACUUCUCCGACCUCAUGGAGGAGGAGGACAUAGAUGUCCUGGACGUGACGUCUUCGACGUGGGUGUUGGUCGGCCCGGGUGGUGGUGGUGGUGGUGGUGGCAUCCCACCUCCUCCUCCACCUAUUCCUGGACUAGCCUCCGCUCCUCCUCCUCCUCCUCCUCCCCCCGGGGCUCUGUUUAUGAGUAUCCCUCCUCCACCUCCUCCCCCACCGGGUGGAGGUCUCUGCUCCCCGCCUCCACCACCUCCUCCUGGAGCUCCCCCUUCCUCCUCCUCCUCCUCCUCCCAGACUCCAGACCCGGCCUUUGCCAAGAAGAGGAAGACGGUCAAGUUGUUCUGGAAGGAACUCAAACAGUCAGACAGUCCCAGGAAGUGUAAAUUCGGACGCGGGACGGUGUGGGCGUCGCUGGAUAAGGUCACCGUGGAUACGGCCAAGCUGGAACACCUGUUUGAGUCCAAGGCCAAGGAGCUACCCGUGGCUCUGAAGAAAGGAUCAGAAGUGAAGAAAGCAGAGAUUCUGGUGUUGGACUCUAAGAGGAGUAACAGCAUCAACAUCGGCAUGACCGUGCUACCAGCUGUCCACGUCAUCAAGACCGCCAUCCUCAACUUUGACGAGUUCGCCAUCAACAAGGAGGGCAUCGAGAAAAUCCUGACGAUGACUCCUUCGGAGGAGGAGAAACAGAAGAUCCAGGAGGCUCAGCUGGCCAACCCGGACGUCCCCCUGGGCUCAGCAGAGCAGUUCCUCCUCACCCUGUCCUCCAUCAGCGGCCUCAGCGCUCGACUACAGCUCUGGGCCUUCAAACUCAACUAUGAAACCCUGGAGAAGGAGAUAGCGGAGCCUCUCUUCGACCUGAAACUAGGCAUGGAGCAGCUCGCCAAAAACAAAACCUUUAAGCGCAUCCUAGCAACGCUUUUGGCCAUUGGAAACUUCCUCAACAGUACCAGUGCUAAAGGUUUUGAGCUGAACUACUUGGAGAAGGUAACUGAGGUGAAGGAUACAGUCCACAGACAGUCUCUGCUUCACCACACCUGUACCUUCCUGGUGGACAACUACACCGACACCUCAGACGUGUACUCUGAGAUCCCCUCCAUCACACGCUCUGCUAGAGUAAGUCUCCCUACAGAUGGGAGGGGGGCCUGGGUAGAAGUAGUGCUCUAGAAAAAUCAAUGACUCGGCUUCGUCUCCCCCAACACAGAUUCAUGGGAUUUGAAUACAACAGGUGUAGUAGACCUCACAGUGAAAUGCUGAAUACAACAGGUGUAGGAGACCUUACAGUGAAAUGCUGAAUACAACAGGUGUAGUAGACCUUACAGUGAAAUGCUGAAUACAACAGGUGUAGUAGACCUCACAGUGAAAUGCUGAAUACAACAGGUGUAGUAGACCUUACAGUGAAAUGAUGAAUACUACAGGUGUAGUAGACCUUACAGUGAA